CCGAACCACAUCGUUGUCGAGAAGAAUCUUGAAUUUCUAAGCCGAAAAAAACAACAACCAAACUUUCUUCGCCUUAUCCUCCCUCCUGUCGCCUAUACUUCAUCUUCAUCUCUCUUCCUUCCCCACGAAGUCCUCUUCUCCUUCUCAAUUCGCUAUCAUCUUCCGACCCCUCCUCAACUGCCACAAUGUCCAACCCCAAUCCCGAACAUAGAGAAGACCCCGAGGAUGAUGACAUUUUCAAUGCCGACGAUGCGGCUGAAGAGAUUGAAGAAGAUCCAGAUGCCGAUCAUCCCAUGGAAGAUGAUGACGACCUCGAAGAAGAGAUCCAACUUCAGAACGACUCGUCUGCCCACUUUGACUCCCACACCGAUUCCAUCUUCACAAUCGCCCAGCAUCCAACCAACCCAAAUAUCAUCAUAACUGGUGGAGGUGACGAUGUAGCAUAUAUCUUUGACGCCUCAAUACCCAACGGACCUGUCCUACCUAGUUCGUAUGAGAGCAAUCCGCAGCCACAAGGCGAAAGAAAAUCCCUCCAACCUUUACAAAAACUAGAUGGACACACAGACUCGGUCAAUGCAGUCGCAUUUACCCUCCCCAAGGGCGAAUACGCUGUGACCGCAGGAUUGGACGGCAAACUGCGAGCCUGGAAAUCAGACAAUUCUCUGACAAAAUGGACAUUCACUGCUGAAGCCUCUGAAGUGCAAGAGAUCAAUUGGUUGGCUUCCAAUCCGUCGCAAUCCCAACCAAAUGUGGUAGCGUUGGGCGCCUCCGAUGGCUCAGUCUGGGUCUAUCAAAUCAAUGCUGCCGACACAUCAUCACCACUGACCAUCAUCCAAGCCUUCUAUCUCCAUACCGAAUCCUGCACAGCUGGGGCCUGGACUCCCGAUGGCGCCCACCUAGCCACUGUCUCGGAAGACGGCAGUCUAUAUGUCUGGGACGUGUUCAAUACCGGCACCGCCGUCAUAUCCCACACCGCAGCAGAUCAACGCUUUGAAGUUGAGGGAGGGCUCUACUCUGUAGCCACCUCUUCCUCUCUGGUCGCGGUUGGAGGCGCCGGAGGACACAUCAAGGUUGUUGGCCUCCCGUCGCCAGCCGCGCCAGACCAAUCAGGCAAAUCUCGUGGCAAGGCGUCCAAACAAUCAGCAUCUUCAUCUGCCUCGUCUUCAGGCCAAAUCCUUGCAUCUCUUCAAGCGCAAAGCGAUGGUGUUGAGACUUUGUCCUUCUCGUCACCACCCCUAACCCUGCUUGCGGCCGGUAGUGUUGACGGCUCCAUCGCCCUAUUCGACACCGCCCACCGGUUUGCCGUCCGGCGGCAUAUUAAAGAGGCCCACGAAGAGUACGCCGUAGUCAAGGUCGACUUCGUCCGGAAUCCCCAGCGCGGCGGCUGGAUCUUGACCAGUGCAGGCAUGGACGGUGUACUCAGACGAUGGGAUGUCAGGGGCGGUACCACUGCUGCGGGGCAGGGUUUCAUCAACGAAUGGAGGGGGCACCGCGGUGAAGGUGAAGGCGGCGGCGUUCUUGGAUUCGUUCAGGGCGGAGGCGGAAAUCGCGUGGUCACGGCUGGCGACGACGGGGUUGCUCUCGUGUUCAAAACGGAUAUUGCCGCAUAGUAGAGUGCGUUCAUGAGAGAUGACACAAACAAGAGAAAUGCCGACUUGAUGGGUGGUGUUUACAUUGCAUGAUACCUAGUCAAUGAAUUGGUGCGCCAUCCAACUUUACCUACACACACACAAACACCCUGUUACUUUGUUUCCUGCUCUUUGAGCUCGACAUACUGCCCGAUCAAACUCUUGACCAUGUCCUCUGGGCCGUGAAACACAAUGCCCAACUUUUCGGUUGUUUUGCUCGUGUCGUAUCCUGCGGAAGGUGCGCCAGGCUGUUUACCACCAAGUGGCAAGAUACCACUAGCGACUUGUUGGGGAAACAGCUUUCGCACAAUAUCAUCGACGCUAUCCCACUUGGUGAUGAGAGGGUAUGCAGCGAUCAAACGAUCGCCAGUGACGAGGUUUUUGGCCUCCAAGGCAGCGACAUGCGUGGCAGCAACAUCAUCGACCAACACCAGGUCUUGUGGCCCAGGCUGGUCGCUUUGGUGGCCUAAGACAUAGUUGACCAUGACCGUGUUGGAGCUGACCCGUUGGCGAAGCUCUUCAGCCGACCGAACCGACUCAUUGCGACCCUGCACAAACGAUGGCAGGACAUGGAUCACUUGAAACUUUGGAUUCUUCUCUCGGACAAAUCGAUCUGCCUCGAGAUAGGCCACUCUUUUCGACAUUCGAUACGCCAACCAUGGAUUCGUCGUGUCUUCAUACUGUGAGAUGUCCAACACUUUGCCAACAUCAUCAGGUCCCGCUGGUCUGCCGUCCGCCGGGGCGUCCAAGAUUGCCACAGACGAGGUGAUGAUGAUUCGUUUGACCGAAUCUGUCUUGAUUGCCGAUUCCAAAAUCCCUAGGUUUCCUUGUACGGCAGGGUCGAUAAAUUGUUGCCGCACAUCGAUUCUACUGCCCGUGGUAUCGGGGUCUGGAAUGGGUGAUGCAACGUGGAUGAUGUAGUCGACAUCUUGCACUGCCUUGUCAAAAGCCCCUGGAGCUAGGAAAUCAGGGAUUUCGACGAAAGAGAUCGACAAAGAAUAAGGUCGGAUAGAAGGAAGGUCCUUCAGUGACUCGGCGGAGGAGAGCUUCCGGCUUGCAAUACGUGCUCUGUACCCUUUUUUGAGCAACAAUGCAAGUGUCGCGAGGCCGACGUGACCUGUGGCCCCGGUUAUGAGGACAAGAGGUGGGGACAUUCUGCAAAGAAUUAAAUCUUGUGGGUAUCUAGUUACGAUAUGUUCUGGUGGGAGAGUUGACCCAAGAAAAUUGAUAUGAAUGGAACUUUCCUUGUUUCUGAUAUAACCACAUAUCUAUAAAUCCCUUCCAAACAUACUCGUCUCAGCAGACAGUACAGUACAAAUUGGAUGGAUUUAUCAGCCUUGAAGUCAGUUCUAGUACGAAAUAGAGGAAUUAAUCAGCCUUGAAGCCAA